AUGAAGAAGAGUGUUGAAGAGAUGGUAAACAAUCUGAAGAAAACUGCUGAAGAGGUUAAAGCUGAAGCUGUUGAAGUUGAGGUUGUGAAGGAAAUCAAAGUUGUGAAAGUUGAAGAUUUGAAAGUUGUUGAGACAGAAAAGAUUGAAGAAAAAGUUGAGGUGAAUGAAGAAGUUGAGAAAGCUGUUACUGAAAAACAGCAAGUUGGAGAAGAUGAGAAGAAAACUGGAAGUUUGACUGAGGUAAAGAUUGAGAAUUUGAAGUUUGCUAGUGAUGAAGGUGCUGGUGAUGAGAAGAAGGAAGAGCUAAAGCAGACAGAGGCAGCUGAAAACACUGAAAUGCCAAUCACUGAGGUGCUCAACAAAAGCAAAGACUGUGAGAAUGCAAACUGGAGCAGCCUGGCACAUGGAGAGAAAGAAGAGGCUGCUGGAUCCUGUGUUGGUUGA